UCUCUAGUCCAGUUCGAAGAUUACUAGGGUUCCUUGUUUUAGCUGCUCUCGAUGGCUACUUCUUCGAAGAAAUCGGUUUUUGAUUUUACAGGCAAGCGAAAGAAGUCGGGAUCUGAUUCGGAGCCAGCUAAUUUAUUGGUGAAGCAUAAACUGAAAGAUGAGACCAAACCUAUGAUUCUGAAGAAACAUAAGGCGGAGGAGGUUGUCGUAAAAAGGAAAACAAUCUUGGUUCGUGGUCUCCCUAAGGACGCUGGGAUAGCAGAUAUCAUCGAUCUCUUCAAACAUGUUGGACAAGUUGUUCGUGUUCAGCUUGUUGUACACCACGGUUUCAGGAAGACAGGGGAAUAUGGCUUUGUCAAGUUUGCUUCUUCUAACCAAGCAGACAAGGCUCUCCAAAAGAUUAAAUAUUUGCACGGUCGCCAGAUUAUUGCUCAGAGUUUCCCUUAUGUGAACAUCAUAUCCAAGUAUUGCAAAGAUCACACAGUCUGGAACAAAGAUUUCAUUCUACGAGAAGAAGAUGAGACGCCACCUCCCAAGUUUGUUGAGAAUGUUCUCUUUGUUUCCAACCUCUCUCCUCAGACUAAAUUAUUCCAUAUCAUCGACUACUUCAGUCAUGUUGGAGAAGUUGUUAGUGUUCGACUUAUCGUAAACCCCGAGGGCAAGCAUGUAGGCUAUGGCUUUGUCGAGUUUUGUUCUGCUUACCGAGCACAUAAGGCGCUGGAAAAAAUGAAUGGUGAAUAUUUGCUGGAUCACAAGAUUUUUAUUGACUUAGCUAAGCUGGCUCCCUACCGUCUCCUACCCAUGUACAACUUUGCAGAGAAGCUCUGUUACGAAGACUAUAUUCGACGAGGGAUCCUUGUGAGAGACGAAGAUGAGACAGAAGAUAGACUUUAUCAAGAGGCAGUUGCUGUAAGAAAUAAGACGAUCUUUGUCAACAAUCUCCCUUGCCCAACGCUAAUACAAGAUCUCAUCGAUUUAUUCAAAGAUGUUGGAAAAGUUGUUCAUGUUCGUCUUGUUAUAGACUGUGAGGGCAACCAAAUUGGCGAUGGCUAUGUUGAGUUUUCUUCUUCUGAAGAAGCAGAGCAGGCCUUGAAAAAGGAGUAUUUGCCCGAUCAAGAAAUUUUCCUUUGUUCGGCUGAGGGAUUUCGGGAUCCCGAGUAUUGCAUUGAUCACAAGGUUUGGUACGAAGACUACCUUGGACGAGAAAACCGUCUGAUCGAAGAAGAUGAUGAUGUGGAGGAAGGAUUCGAUGAAACUCAUGAUUUUGCUGAGGAAGUAGCCUUAAGAAAAAAAACUCUCUUUGUUUACAAUCUCUCUCCCGGAAUAAGAAGAAUUAAUCUCGUCGAUUACUACAGAAAUGUUGGAAAAGUUUGUCGUGUUCGACUUGUUGUAAACCGCGAGGGUGAGCAUGUGGGCUGUGGCUUUGUUGAGUUUGCUUCUGCCGAAGAAGCAAAGGAGGCGUUGCUGUACGAGAAUAGUAGAGCUAUGAAUAUUCUCUCCGACGUGGUUGAGAUGGCUCCAUACCCUAUCCGACCCAAGUACAGGCUUGCAGAGAAGCUCUGGAACGAAGAGUACCUUGGACCAGAAAGCCUUCCGACAGAAGAAGAUUAUGAAGAAGAUUAUCUGGAGAAACCGGAGGUAACUGAAUUAUUCUGCGGUAAGAAGAAAACCUUCUCUUACGAUGACUGAUGGAAGAAGCUAUCUGGUGUUUUAAACUUAUAACAUACAAUGCAAGAAGCUAUUGAUACAUUCUUAGGUUCUAGUUAAUUUAUUGUGUGAAUGAAUCUAUGUUAAAAUAUGAUUAACUUGUGAUGUUUUGGUGGGUGGGCAAAGCGAAAAAGACUAGAGGUAGAAUCAUUUAGA